AUGGCGACAAUGUUUUCCGCGACGGGUUUUUGUCCGUCGCUAAUACUAUUGGUGACGAUACUUUCCGUCGUUAUAGGCAGCUCUUUCGCUGGUAACUUCAACGACGACGUCGUAGUUGUGUUUGGAGACGCCCGUGCCAGAAUCCAAGAAAAUGGCAAUCUCAUGAGCCUUGCUCUGGACAAUAGUUCCGGCUCCGGCUUCCAGUCCAAGAACCAAUUCAUUUACGCCAAAGUGGAGGUGAACAUUAAGCUCGUCGCCGGCAAUUCCGCCGGCACCGUCACCUCCUUCUACUUAAAAUCAGAAGGAAAUGCGUGGGACGAAAUCGACAUGGAGUUCCUGGGCAACACGAGCGGCGACCCCUACGUCCUCCACACGAACAUCUUCACGAAAGGGAUGGGAAACCGGGAGCAACAAUUCUACCUGUGGUUCGACCCGACGACCGAUUUCCACACCUACUCCAUCACAUGGAAUCCGGCCCAUAUUGUCCUGGUAGUGGACAAGAAGCCCAUAAGGGAGUAUCGAAACCUGGACUCCAAUAACAACGUCCCUUACCCACGGGACCAGCCCAUGAAGCUCUAUGGAUCCCUCUGGAAUGCAGACGAUUGGGCCACCCGUGGUGGAUCCGUGAAGACCGACUGGUCCAAGGCUCCCUUCACGGCCUCUUUCAAAACCUACACCGCCGACGGCUGCGUUUACGGCAACGGAGCCUCCAGCUGCCCCGACAAGACUGCGCCGUGGUACUCGUCGAAGCAGAUCGGCGGAGAUGACUUGAAGCAGAUGCAGUGGGUUCAGAAGAACUACAUGAUCUAUAAUUACUGCGAUGACGUUAACAGGUUUCACGGCAGCUUGCCGGCGGAAUGUGGCCGGAAGAAGUAG